AUGGGCGUUUGGGAGACUGAUGAUGAGUAUCUGAGUGGGCCGGCUGCUACUUCGCUGCCGACCCCUUUGGAUACUCCCUACCGAACACCUUCAAGGACAUCGAAAAAGUCACGGCGCUCUGUUACACCUCCAGGACCAGAUUCUUCCCCUCCUCAGCUACCGAAUGACAUGGGCUCCAAAAGAUCAUCCCGGAAUGUCACAACCGAUGAAACGAUUAGCAUACUGGACCCUCGACGAUUUACUCCCACCCUGCACGCCAACUUGGUGUCGGAGAUUUUGAACCUUCGUCGAGAUCAGGAGGAGAAGACCCGACAGAUAGAAACGCUCGAAACAACUCUGCACGCAGCAAAAGAGGAAAAGGACACACUGAAACAGAACCUCACUGAAACGGGCAAAGAGAGCAGAUCUCUCAAGCGGCAACUUUCUCUCCUCGAAGGUGGAUCUUCCUCAGCACUGGGAGAGUUGGCCCGCGAGAGAGAUGAUGCUGUCGAAUCUGUCGCUGAUACGAGAAAGCGAUUGGAGACUGCACAGAAGAAGAUUCGAAUUCAAGAAGAGGAUUCGGUCAGAGUCCACGACUUAUGGGCUCAGGAGAAGGAAGGCUGGGAGAACGAACGACGGAAGUUCGAACAUCGGCUUCACGUUGCAGAAAGUCGCCUGCAAAUCGUUCUCGAUGAAUUCGCCGCAUAUCAACAAGCCCAGUCGAAGAACACACAUGGUGGGACACACCAAGGAGCGACUCAUGGCCACGAUAGUGAUGCUGAGGAAAGUGGCCGCGAGAACGAUGUCACCAGCAUAAGAACUAUGAGCAUGACCAACAGUGUUCGUUUUUCCAUGGCAAGUGGCAUGGGAGUGUUGAGAAUGAACGGCAACACCUUGGCUGACGAACUGAACUUUGACGAUGAAGACGAGCAAAGUGACUUCGACAAUGGCCGGGAAAGCGCCAUGUCAAACUACGCACAGUCUUUCCAUACACGAAAUCUCAGCCGAGACAGCCCUGUAAAGCGAUUCCAUGCUCGAAACCAGAGUUUGGAAAGCAUCAAGAGGACAGGAAGCGUAACUCGCGGCCGACUUUUCAUGAAUGAUCCCGUGCCAGAAGCAUUGGAGGAUGAAGAGAACGAGACCCUCAUCGUCACUGCUCCCAAAGUUUCGUAUAUCGACACUGGAAUUCAGUACUCGCCACCACCUUCACCUAAGCUAUCUCCUGUGAAACCUGUGACACCCGAGCGUCUGACGCGUACUAAGCCCUCUGAGGUCGAGUGUUCUCCUAGAGAUGGCGAGAUUGAGGCCAACCAACGCCGCAAGCGUGUCCAUCGCCCACUCAGUUUCGAGCCUCCUGCGGCUCGCCAAGUUAUGGUCUCAGCCGCUGUCCAGACGAGCGAAGAACCAUUGGCACCCCCUAUGACUCCCAAAUCACCUACUCGUCCACCUCCACCACCCCCAGUGCAGUCUCCCGUGGUUGAAAAACCUCUGAUGGUCACGUCCUUUACACAGACUGAUAGUCCACCUGCUCCCCCAUCACCAGCUGCACCCGGUCGCUUGCCAUCUCCUCCCCCGCUUGCAAUUCCCAGUAUCAGCGUCCACCCUCCCAGUAGUCGCCCUAGCACACCUAGGGAACCUCGGUUACCUGUUCUUCACAAAGACUUUGGUUGCCAAGUCAAGUUGUCUGAAUCAACAUCAACAGCCGAGGCAGCCGUACAAACAGAAGGCAUCCAGACAGACAAGCGAAUGGCUCUACUUCCUCCUCAUCUUCAGCCAUCUGCUAUUUCAUCGCGGCCUUCCUCACCCAACCCAUCAUCUGGCAUUGACGUAACAAAGAACUUUACACCUAUCCCUGGCAACGUGCCGCCACGAAACCCACGUCGGUUGGGUAGGCAGAGCUUCAGUGACCAACCCUCAUCUCCGAUAUCCCUGCCCGAGGACGAUAGCUUUCAUGAUGUGUAUCCUGGAGGCAACGACGAUGGUCCCCUUUCUGGCCAAAGAGCUCCAAUGAGACGGCCACCUCGCUUUAGUAGCCUUUUUGCUGGCUUUGAUGGAGGAAGCUCUGAUGAAGUGGAUGAAUUUGGCGAUGCUGAUUUGAGUGAUUUGGAGUAUCGAACGGCCUUAUCUGCACCUCGUCCCAAGUCUAUUUCGAGCCGUUUUGGCAAGCGUAGCUCAACAGGAACGACAACAACCAUUGGCACUAUCCCGACAUCUCCUGAGCAGAUCAUGGUACGUCAAGGGCCUCGAGUUACUACGGAGCUUCACCAGCCUUUCACGGUGAAAUCUGGAAAAAGUUUGGAGAAGAGCCCUGCUUCCAUGCCACCCAAUCGAGCCAGCGUCAUGCGCAAAGCAGCCAUGAUACAGAGUGGUAUUGCCAGUCACCAGGGCCGGCCAAGAAGCCCCAGCCUGACCGACAAAACUCCUCCCCCAUUCCCUAUUCCUACCAGAGCCAGCUCUAGAAACGUCCCAACGAGCACAAGCGCUCCUAGUGAUGGUCAGAGAAGCCCAACGCGAGGUGAUUUCUUCCAGCGUCGUGGAUCAGGUCGCAUCUACCGGGCUGGCAGUGUACGAAAAGUCCGAUCUGCUGCUGCAAUGCCUCGUCAUCAACGGCAUCGCAAGCAAGAUAGCCGAUCAACUGCUCCAUUGUCUCCUUCUACCGAAGCCCCUGAGAGUCCGGGUCUUCCUCCCCUGCCCAAGAACGACAUUACAACUCCUCGCUCUCGUGCUCGCCAUAGCGAUCAGUACAGGCACCAGCACAAGCUCUCCACUAACACGGACAACACCUUUAACACCUACAAUACCGGAAAUACUGGAAACACACUCAACACCUCCAGUACCGACCCAGCCUCCACACAGAGCGCUGCUCAGAGCACGAGUGUAGUAGACGCUAUUGCUCAGACCAUGGUUGGCGAGUGGAUGUUCAAGUAUGUUCGCAGAAGAAAGUCUUUUGGUAUGCCUGAGAGCAACGGCAAGGAUGAUACUGGCAACGAUCGCCACAAAAGAUGGGUUUGGCUCGCCCCUUAUGAGCGAGCUAUUCUGUGGAGUAGCAAGCAGCCAGCCUCCGGUAGCGCCCUCUUGGGCAAGGCUGGUCGAAAAUUGACGAUCCAAUCCGUACUAGAUGUCAAGGAUGACAACCCUCCACCAAAAGGGGUGACAUCAGUUUUCAACCGAUCUAUUCUAAUUCUGACACCACAAAGGGCUUUGAAGUUCACAGCCGACUCUGCUGAACGACACUACAUCUGGUUAACAGCAUUGUCUUUCCUCGCACACUCGUCUCAAGCCGUCCCUGAGAAUAUCGCAACACCACCGGCUAUCCAAAAUACACCGAUGCCUGAGUUUGAAGCACCCCAACCAAAGUUGAAACGUGGUGGUAUAAGAGACUCUAUUCGUCUUGCCAAGGGACGCACUGUUGGCCGUGCUGCGCCGCCCAGUAUUCCAAGCAUCCCAAGUAUGCCAUCUUCACAGGCUGGAGAUAUGGCAAACUUUCCAACGAUCGAACCUCCUGGAGGAUUUACAAGUCGGGAUGAUUCGAUAGAUGCAGCACAGCCCCCAUUGAUACCACGCUUCCAUGAUCGUAACCAGGCUGCGACUCAUGGUCGCAAGCGGAGCAACACAGGCGGCCAUGUACCGCCACCGCUUUCUUUCCGAGGGUUCUCUGGUCCCAUCACAGGUCAUCAGUCAGCCAACAGUACCACUGAUCAUAGCAUUGGUACGGCAGGUUCUUCUGAUAUCUACCAGUCCCACGCAUCGAGUAAUGGAGCUUGGGCGAUGAGCCAAACAGGCUCCCAGCGAACAUCAGAAACCUCAUCUCAUCCAGGCAACUUCUUUGAUGCCAUCGGCACUGUACGAAUGGAGGCUUUCAUCAGCCCAUUGGCAUUCUCUCAAAUCAACAGCCAUCCUAACGAUCAAGACCAAUUCCGACACUCACUUCGAAGGCGAAGCAAGGAACAACGAAGACGAAGGAGUCGAAGCCGACACCGAGAUAGUUACAAUUCUCGCAGCACCCGCACAACAAACGACGACUACUAUCACGGAAGCAGAACAGCCGGAGAGGAAGACUUCUUCCGUGACGACCCUUUUAGGGGAUUCUAG